CAUCUCCCGUUCUCAUACACCUCUGCACAGAAAACGGACAAGAGGCAAACCACAAUAAUGUCGACGUCGCCAUUCACGUCGGCGCACAGGCUAUAUGUCAAGUCUUUAUACAGACGCAUGCUCAAGAAUGAGCUGGACUGGGUUGUAAGGCGAGAUUUAUGGAGGGGCAGAGCCAUGCUCAUCAGAGCUGAGUUUGAGCGCAACCGAGAUGUAAGCGAUCCCAGAGCGCUGGCAGUUAUUCUUGAGAAAGCGGAAGCCGAUCUUGCUAGUAAACUACAUCCUGAUCCAUACAUUCCUCCUACCAUGCCUGGUGGAACGAAGUGGGAGAGAAACAUACCUCCUACGAUUGCUCCUCUGUUCGACCACACCGCUGUCGGGCAUCAUUAACCUGUGUAGUCACUGUAGACGAAUUUAUUACAUAUUUUGCUGCU